AUGUCUGUUCCUUUCGACACUUCACUUGGGUGGGUAGCAGUACACGAUAUUAGUUGGAGGGUAUAUAGAAAAAAAAAAUCAAAAAAACUAGUCUACUCCGAUCCCUACCCGAAAAUCUUUGUCAUUGGGAUCAUUCUCUCUCUCUCUCUCUCUCUCUCUCUCUCUCUCUCUCUCUCUCUCUCUUUUAAUUGUCUUUCUAUUUUCCUCCAUCCUCCUGCUUCAAUAAACUCUGUUCCUUUUAUCCUAUCUGUCCUUUUCUUCGUCUUCUUUUUUUACACGUCACCCCCCACCGCUUUCAUUAAAAAUGUUUUCUUUCCUUUUUUAAUCGUUGCUUUUCUUUGUCUUUUUUUUCUUUCUACCUUCCUUGUUACCCCCCACCCCCGCCGGCUUAAAGAAAUGUUUUCUUUUCGUUUUUAUUUGCUGUCUUUUUGCUCACUUUGUCGUCACCAUUUUUUUUUUUUUUGCAUUUUAUUCUCUCUUUGUUUCUUUUUCUCUUCUUUUUCUAAUUUCCUCGCCCUCCCCUUCAUUAAGCCACUUUCUCUCCAUCUGGCCUUUUUUUUUUCUUGUUUUGUUUUCAUGUUCUUUUCUUUUCUCCACUUUUUUCUUCCUUCUCCUCUUUCUGGAUUCCGUUUUUAA